UAGAUCAUACGUCUACUUGUAUUUAUAGGAAUAGGAAAAAGGCAAGAAAACUGCUCUUUUUAUAGUUAAACUAAGGUUUAUUAUCGCCACGUCUUAAUUUUUUACCAUGCAAUACUGAAAAUAAAGGCAUAAUUUCUGUAUAUGGCAUUGAUCAUUCCUACUUCAUCAUUUUCCUUUGUAUUUCCCCUUGUCAGCGAUCUUCAAUGUGCUCAUCUGUCUUUAACCGAGGUGUAAGAACUUAUACUGCUCCCAAAAUUUAGCUGCGUUUUAAAUAUCCUCAAUUGUUGUGUCUUGAACCAAAGAAGUAUUUCUGUGUAUUUAAAAUUGAUCUUGAGCUGUGGCCCUGUUUGCUGUGUUAGGAUCUAUCUAUUAAUGUUUACACUAUAUGUUUACACAUUUAGAAUCACCAUCUGACCCAACAUGAGAAACCAGAGAAAACCAAUGCAGUCAUGGCAGAACAUGCAGACUCCAAACAGAUGUUGCUCCUCUUGUUUAGAUGGAGGGGUCUGGCAGUCCUCGCUUCAGAAAGCUCCAUUUCCCAGUCGGAUUGUGGAUCAACUCCCCUCGGAAACAUUUUGCCAAACUCGGACGUCGCUGGCCCAGUGCCAUCUCUGUCAAGUCAACUACCAGCUCUGACGCAGCCUCGCUCCACGAGGCCCCCUCUGUUCCAUCCUCUUCCCUUUCCAACUCCACCCCUUCGCUGGCUUCCCCUUCUCCAUCCCCGUCUCCUUCCCCGGCCUUCCUCAGGCCCCGGCCUGCUGGCCCCCAGUCUCGGACAAAGCGUAUUUCUCAGCUCUUCCUGCGGGGGCGCUCCAACAGUGACCGGGACCGGGCUGUGGGGGAGAGGGAGAGAGAGGUUUGGGCUCACUCUGCCGCCCCAUCAUCUCACCACUAUUUGCCUGUCGCCUCCUCCUCGGCCCCUGGCUUGAUCAAGAUAUAUGGAGAUGCUUUUUCCAGUGGAGCCAACUAUCGCUCCCUGCUGGCUAACAUUCACUCAACAUCCAGGCAGCUCAUUGCUCAGGUCAUCACUCGAUACACUGAAAGAGAAAGGGAGGAGACAGAAGAUGCAGUUGUCCAGAAGCACAGCCCUGAAGACUUCCUGUUGUGUGAUGUCAUUGGGAAGCCCGUCCAGCAGCCAGAUGGAGCCAUCAAAUGGGAGACAGAGUGCCGGAGAGGUGUCGCCCCAUGGGAAUGUCCCUUGAUGUUGGUGGACAUGUGGCGGCCUAAGGACGGAUUCGAGAGACGCUUUGAAAUUUAUAGGAAGGAAGACUAUGAAAGAGAGGAAAGAGAAAGAGAGAAGGACCGGGAGAGGGAGGGGGAGAGCCACCAAGGUGUGCGCUGGCGGCGGAGCAGGAUGUCAUCUGGCGGUGGGCUGGAGGAGGCCGAGCGCGGUCACCGUGGGAGGAACACUGAGCUCCGCAGGAGCAUUAGCGACAUGAACUUGAGUUUGCGUCGGCGACAGGGCAACCAUCUCAGCAAUGAGGCCCGCAGUACAGGAAACCAGCCCAACAACAGCGGAGGAGCACAGGACAGGAAGAGCAUUGUGAGCAUGAUCAACCCGCAGCCUGUAGAGGUUAGAGCAUCAAGAGCUGAAGCAAAGGUUGGGUGGACAAAUCAGCCAGCAGAUGAUGAGAAGGAUUAUUCCAACUGCGACCUGGAGGUUAUGUCACAAAGCCUCAUCCUUCCACCCACGGACCGGCCCUACUUCCUUUUGCUGCAGGGUUUUGAUCAGAGCAAGGAUUUUGUUUUGUACAUCAUGGCAGGUCAUACGCAUGUGUUUGGGAGAAAACCUACAGUGAAGGAGAGAGAGAAGGACAGAGAGAGGGAGAGGAAAGGAAAGAGACCCCUGAAAGUGGACACGUUCCUUUCUGCUCCUGACGUUUUGGUCAGACACUUACUGGUCAGGAGAGACGCUGCUGUUCCAGAGACGCCCAAAGGACAGGCUCUAAUGCGACCCUUCAGAGGAGGUGCAGUCACUCACAAUGGAGUGACCGUGUACAGGGAGACGGUCCUAAAGCCUGGAGAUGUGAUUGGUCUGGGAGACCACUUCCUUUUUCUCUACAGAGACCCUCGUGUGACCCCUGCACCACCACUCGCAUUGACGUUGCCAUGGCAGGCUGAUACCUCCACCCCCUGCUGUCCUUCAGGGCUAGUGGACAGACAGGAGGCCCUGAGACAGUAUCUGGGAUCCACUGAGGCAGUUCUGAAAUUUCACUCUCGUCACGCAGAUACCUUGUUACAGGAGAUAAUUUCCAAAAACUCCUCUCCAGACUCGGGUGGUGGGCCUUUAGCUCCAGCCUAUCUGUUAUCGAUCAUGAUAGAUCACGCCUCCAAACACCUGGACCCUGCUCUGACGCCGCAGAUAUUACUCAAAUCAGCCAAUCUAAUUAAAGAAAUUGUGUGGGAUAACAUUAAGGAAUUCGGGGAUAAGCAUCCCACGCAGAAUUCACCAGACCAAGAAGGGGAGAAAAACACUCCAAAUGUCCAGCAGCUGUCAUCGGAUUUGCGACCCCUCAUAUUCUGGAUGUCAAAUGCCACAGAGCUCCUUAACUUCUUCCAAGUCAAAGUGGAAACGAUGGAGAAAGAGUGGGAAUUUGAAGCCCCUGGGGAUCCGGUUUUGACAGCUGAUAUGGACACCUGUUCCGAGGCUCUGGCACAGCUCGAUGAUGUCAUUAUGCACACCUUCCAGCAGUGUGUGUACCACCUCACCAAGACCCUGUACUCCCUUCUUCCAGCCCUCCUGGACACCAACCCAUUUUCCAGCGAUGAGAAGGAGAAGGAAAAGGAUGGAGCUCGGGGCGCAGAGGGAGAUGACAAUAAAGGAGAAGAGGGAGCUGUAGACGACGUGUCCGUCUUGCCUCCCAAGGUUGCCGGACUAGUCGAAGUGUAUCGCUGCUCCUUGAUGCUAUCUCGAGAGGCGUGUCUGUCUCCGCCGCUCACCUCCCAAACCUUCGGUUACCUCUUCUUCUUCACCAACACUUCCUUGCUAAAUACUUUGCUGGAGAGAGAUGGGUUGUUUUCAUGGUCCAGAGCAGUCCAGAUCCGGACAAACCUGGACCUGGUUCUGGACUGGCUGCAGGGUGCUGGGUUAGGAGACAUAGCCUCGGAGUUCAUGAAGAAACUUUCUGUUACGGUCAACUUUCUCUGUAUUCCCAAAACACGACUCAUCCAGUCUUCUUGGACCAGUCUAAAAGAAGAGCAUGAACUGUUAAGUCAUGCCCAGCUGCACCACCUGCUCACCCAUUACAAGCUGGGACCAACCAGAGCUCCACCAGCAUCCUGGGUUCCUCCACUGGGGACAGAUCUGACCGGAGACAUCUUUGAGAGCUUUCUGGACCAUCCUCCUCUCAUCCUGCCAAACGAGACGCCACGCCUUGACCUCUCCCAGCCAAUUCCAAGCUCCGAGCUCCAAAAGGAAGUUACGCGUCUCCGCACCUUCCUGUGGGGACUCGAUCAGGACGAGCUUCCUGCAAAUCAGAGGACACGGCUUUGAAGGAGCACAUAUCAGCAGGAAUUGUCUAUAAGUUGUUUUCCGUCUGAUCUUGAUGUCAUUUUCAUUUACUCCUUUUUAAUAUUUUUGAACAAAUCAGUUAUCCUGUCUUUGUUUUGUCUUUGUGGGAUUUGUUUUAAAACAGGGAGAGAACAUCCAAAAAGUGUUAGGCUUCACUUCACUCUUUUUCUUGGCUUCCCUGUGUAUUUUCAAAUGACUUGUUUUUAAUAAAAUGCUGAGUACUGGUCUAAAAGGC